GAUUGCCACUGCCCUACGUGGCAGACCCAAGAAUACCGCGCGUCCUGUGCCUUCGAGAAUGGCCAUCGGCGGGAGCAGCCAAAACGUCAGUCAACUGACCAGCCUAGCAGCAAGACAGCCAGCAGGCCGGUCUCGUUGGAAGCAAGCCAGCAUAGUAACACGCAGGCCAACAGUGAGCCACCCUCGGAUCUGGACGAACAACAGGAGUCCGUGCUAGCGGUCGGAGGAUACAACCUAGCAUCCGGAGGACGAGGAAUCAAUGGGAGCUAG